AUGGCUCGCCAGCCCGUGAUGAUCCCCUUGAAAUUCGAGAAACAGCAAGGCCUCUACAAAUUUUUGCACAGGCUUCUGAGCAAGUGCUUCCCAAUUCCACCAAGGGCCUUCUCUCGGAGUUCCUCCUCAAUACCGCCGUCAUCAAGACCUCUACGCCCCACAGCAUGGCUUGACGGCGUCCGCGGCAUCUCUGCCUUCCUCAUCUUCAUAUACCAUUUCCAACACAUGUUCCACAACGCAUACUGGUACGGCUACGGCAGCAACGGUGGUGUUGACGACGACUGGGAAUUCCAAUUGCCCAUUCUCCGCCUGAUUCCAAAUGGCCAGACCCAAGUGUCGGUGUUCUACGUCCUCUCAGGCAUCUCCUUAUCGCUGAGGCCGCUCCAAUUAGCACGUAGUCACGACUGGGAAAAGUGUUUAGACACUUUAUUCUCAUCUAUCUUCCGACGCGCACUGCGCUUAUACCUCCCUAUUCUCGUGGUUCAGAUUGGUGUCCUCAUCGCCACAUUACUUGGCUUCUUCAACCACGCUUACGCCCUGCAUAGCGACUGGCCUUUCGGCGGCACCAACGAAGUGAUGCACACCGUGUUCGCUUCGAAUCGUGCGCAGAUUCAGGAUUGGAUCCAGGCUAUGUGGACUUUUGCGGAUCCGUUCGUUCCAAACCGGCCAGCGUACGAUGUGCAUCUUUGGACGAUACCCAUACAAUUUCGCAAUUCGAUCAUAUUGUUCGCUACUCUGCUUGGUUCUGCCAAACUCAAGCCUCGCGUUCGCAUUAGUCUCACUGUGCUACUUGUAGCAUACUGUAUUUGUGUUAAUCAGAGUGCGACUGCCCUGUUUUAUGCAGGCAUGGGCAUUGCUGAAUUCAUACUCAUUCAGGCGGAUACGGUGCAACGAUGCUCCAAUACCGGUACUCGGAACGAUGGCGGCAAAUUCCUAUCUCGUGCGUGUUGGUUCGCGAUAUGUUACGCAGGCCUACAUCUACUCUCAUGGCCACCCAUAAACUCCCAUCGUUCCCUGGGAUUUGUGACAUUGAACGAGAUCGCUCCGCGGUUCAUCGAAUCGCCCGGAGAAACCGGAGAGCGUAUCGGUGCCGCAUUGUUCGUUCUCGCGUUGUCCGGUUGUGCGUCACUGCGGCGCCCCUUCGAGACGCCCUGGGCCAUAUAUUUGGGCGACAUCUCUUUCCCGUUAUACAUCGUCCAUGGCCCGUUGAAUCAUAUGAUUGGCUUGUCGCUAGUGCAAACGAUCUGGAAGAUCACGGGUUCCGAGUCACUGGUUGGCUACGAGACGGGCGUAUUUCUGGCGUUUUGCAUCAUGGUCGUUGUUGUUGUCUGGGUUGCAGAGCUAUUUACGCGAACGGUAGACGAGCUAUGUGUGAGACUGGGUCGUGCGUUGCAGAGCAAGUGGACUGUGAAGAUGGCAAAGCCACGGACGAAAACUCGCUCUUCUUUGAGAAUUGGUGAGCCUUAG